AUGGCCGGGGGCCCCGGCGGCGGCAGCUCCGCGCGGUACUACGGCCGCGGCCCCGUGGGCUCCCGCUCCCGCGACCGGGCGGACCGCGGCCGCCCCGGGGCGCCGUGGUGGACCGUGCGCGCGUGCGGACUGGGGCCCUCGACGUGCCUAGGCGCCGCGUGCACGGAGCCUGGCACCGCCGUCACCACCACGCACUGGUCGUACGUGGGCGACGGCCGGGGCGCCUACGAGAAGGUGCAGACCUACAACUUCGUGGGCGAGGGCGAGGGCGCCUUCGAGAAGGACCAGGCCGUCGAGGAGGACGCGGGGCCGCGGAGCCCCGCGGCCUGCUGCUGCCUGUGCUGCCUGUCGGCCGCCCUCGCCGUCCUGAUGGUGGCCCUGGUGGUCGCCUGGCUGCGAGGUGCAGGGCCGGCCUUCGUCGGCGACUUCGUCGGCUUUGCCCCGCCGGGAGGCCUGGGCCUGGGCCGCGCUCGCGCCGGAGCGGACGACGCGCCAGUGCUCUCGGGCUCCUCGGGCCGCUGGGUGCACGUCGCCGCGGUCGUGCAGAACCUCGACUACGCACGGCUCCUCGGUGACCACGCCGCCCUCGAGGCCUUCGAGGACGCCAUCACGCGGCAG